AUUACUACUUAAUUCAAGGGCUCUGUAUUUAAGGGUGUACCAUAAUUACUACCUUUAUCGUAUUUAUACAUUCUGAAAUGUCUUAAGCAGUAUCGAUUAUUUCAGAAAUAUAUGAAAAAUAUGUAAACUGUGAGGGGGAUAAAAAAAGAAACAUACAUAUUGAGAUCGGAACAUAAUGUGGACUCAAUGUUUAUCUUCCCUGAGCAUGCUGGGUUGUGGUAAUUGCGUAAUUUUAUUUGUUCUUAAGGAAAGAUAAAUCUUCAUGCACGAGGCUAUCAUAACAGCAUACAGUCAACAUAGAUGUUCAUUUCACGGUACAAUACAUAAUGUAUGGUGAAGAGUCGGAUAAGACCACACGAAAUUUCCAUCAAAGAGUGAAUAAAAUUUAGUUAUGUUUUUAUGCGAACAUGAUAGAACAACGUUUACGCCAAAUUUAGUUAUACCUCGGAACGGCCAAUUACAGAAAUAAAUCUUUAUUAUUGCAAGAACAUCAUGUGUCCUUUACUACGUCUUGUGCUCAUCUACUGCGUUCUUUUGGUAUAUAAAUUUGGAAUUAGUUCAGAGGAUCCUACGGUCACAGUUACCGAAGGUGAACUCCUUGGAAAGACAGUUUUAUUUGAGGAAAAUGAGUCCAUAAACAUAUCGAAGUUGGUCGAUGUUUUCUUGGGUGUUCCGUUUGCCGAUCCUCCAGAUCGCUUUGAGGCACCUAAACCUAAAAGAAGAUGGUUUGGACGGUGGAAUGCUACUACAUACAAACCUGCCUGUCUGCAGACACCUAUCGCUUCCUUCUAUUAUCCUGAUUUAAUGGAUGAGGACUGUCUGUAUCUCAACGUUUUUGUUCCAAAUCCAAAGCCCAACAAAGCAGCUGUAAUGGUAUGGAUCCAUGGAGGAGGAUUCGAAUCGGGAACAGCAUCAACAUACGAUUACUAUGGAGUGCCACUUGUAGCAGUAGGGAAUGUUAUCAUUGUCACCAUGAAUUAUCGCCUCGGUGUAUUCGGAUUCUUAUCAACUGAUGACGACUUAGCGCCCGGGAAUUACGGUAUGCUCGACCAGGUAGCUGCUCUGACAUGGGUAAAGAAUAACAUUGAAGCUUUUGGAGGAGACAGAGAGAGGAUAACCGUUUUCGGAGAGAGUGCUGGAGCUUCAAGCGUAAAUUUCCAUAUGCUCUCCCAACUUACCACCGACAUUUUCCACCAUGCAAUUAUUCAGAGUGGUUCGGCGUUUUCUAACUUCGCUUAUCGAUCAGAUAGAAGUGCAGAGAAGCGAUACGCGAUGGAGACUGGGGAGCAAUUAGGAUGCAAUUCGACCACUUCAAGUGAAUUAAUAGAGUGCCUGAAAGGACUCGAUGGCAGACGACUACGUGCUGCGGCAGACAGGGUAUAUCCCGAGUACUCUGUUUCUGUAGACGGCUACUUCCUCACUGACACACCAGCCAACCUGUACAUCAGGGGUGAUGUGCAGCAUCCUAAACUACUAAUUGGCUUCAAUAAGGACGAGGGUUCCAUCCGUGUAUUCGGUGAGAACCUCGCCUAUGCGGGUUCAUCGACUGGACCACCAAUCAAAAAGAGCACUCUUGAAGAAUCCAUUAAGGCAUCAUCGGGAAAAUAUGGCCUUGUCGACGCCAUCAUACAGAGAUCAAUCCUUGAGGAAUACACAGAUUGGGCUAAGGCGGACGAUCCAGAGGCGGACUUUCUUGAUGAGCUCAUUCAUUUUCACGGUGACUUCGAUUUCAUUUGUCCAACCCUCACAACUUCAAAAUUUCAUGCUGAAGCAGGAGAUACGGUGUUUCAAUACUUCUUGACCCACGAACCUAGCAUGAGUUACCUGCAGCAUUGGCGGCGGAAGGAGGGCGUAGGAAAAUAA